AUGGGCGUGCGAUUAUUUCUCCUCUCGCGACACGUCAUACUCGGUUGCCUGCAAGGUAGGGUUUCUUUGUCAAUCAGUUGCUUGGAGCGGCGGUUCUUCCCUGCGGCCAAAGAGAGAGAAUGCACGUUCGAUAGAGAGCGGACGGCCGCGUCGCAGCCGCCUCGCUCCCCGAGCACGCUCACCCUCUCCUCAACUCUUCACUCUUUAUCAUUUUAAUUUCCGCGCUCACUCACAUCAAGUUUACUUCCGUUCCUGCUCGUUGAAUCUCUGUGUCAAGUUCUGUGAAAUUGUGGGAUCGCUUUUCUGAUUUUCUAUUACUUUCACUGAGCACAAGUGGGAAAUAAAAAUUUGAAAGUUAAUAAAAUUCAUUUCACUCAAAUAAAGUAGGCUCGUGAAGGUGCCUAGUUUUUGAAACCAAUUAUCAAAUAAAAUGGAAAGAUUACAUACAUAUUCUUUUUUUUUUCUCACACCUUGAUUUAUCGUCUUUUGGAAUUGUUUCCUGAAAAAUCCCAAAUAAGAAUUCAGUUAAAACAAAAGUUUAAUGGAACUUAAUUUUCUUUAACCUUAAACUAUAUUAUAGACUUGAAUCGUCCUUUAUUUUUUUAAGUUCCAUCAUAGAUAGUCUGUUUUUUGUCGCCAUGGCGCCACGGCACACCUCGGUUUGGUCGCGGUCAUCUGCUGUUUUGUACGCAAUGCACAGGAUGCAUUUAGAGCGACGCGAGAAGUAUAAAUUGCGUUUCAAAAAAUUAUUUUUUCAAUUGAAUUUUUGAGGAUCAAUUUUCAAUACAUUCUUAAAGAGUAAAAUGUACGAAUUUUGUUCUGUAUCAAGUUUUUUUAUUUAUCUGACACGCCGUUAUAAAAUCAUCGGUUUUAUACUUUUUAAAAAAAAAGUUUUAUAAAAUAUCUGUUCGUAUUUAAAUGAGUUGUCUUACUAGAGUUAAGUUUUUUGGAGACUCUGUUAUGAAAAAUUUGAUAUAGAAUCGAGUUUCUGAUUUUACGGUUACAGAGUUUUUUUUUUGAUAACCUUCCUAUGUUUUUGAAUGAAUGAAUGUUUAUUUCGCUCACAGACAGAUCUGUGGCGUGGAGGAAGAGAACCAUGAAAGUUAUAUUUGCCUCCACUUCGAUAAAGUUCCACUUUAAUCUAAAAAAAUAUUUUUAGGUCGAAAUCGAAGAGAAUCAAAAAGAAAAAGUAAUCUAUAAACGAGUUGAAUCAUUUUGUGAAAUUUGCAGCUUCCUUUAUCAAAAAAACCAAUUUUUUUCAAACAACUUUUAAAUCUUCUUUGGUCAUCCUCAAAAAAACCAUAACUCUGUUUUAAGCCGUUCCAGUAUUUAUACACGCGUUGCGUAAUAAAGUUAUAGUGAACAUGAUGGAUUGGUGGUGGUUCGAGUUUAAGGCCGUUGCCUCUCAGUUGGUUUUCGUCUAUUUGAUAUCGUUUGUAAUUUGAAUGGAGAUGGACACCAAUAAUAGCCAUAUAUGAACUGAUGUGUAAUUAUGAUAUCUUUUCGCAGACGCCUUGUCCAUAGAGUGUCUAGAGAAAGGGAUUUUAGUCUUACAGCAUAGGUUUCUUUUGGGAGAAGCCGUUUGGUGAAUUUUCUUUGAACCGAUUCUAGCCUGUUUAUGUCAGAUUGGGUUGGUGGAGAGAAUAGCUCCGAUCCAUACUCUAAAAUUGGUAGAAUUUUGGCUUUAUAACAGUUCAUAAAGUUUUUAACGGAAAAGAUUAUUGAUUAUACGAAUGCUUUUUUUGACUAUUAUGUCGAUAUGAUGAUGCAUUUUCAGAUCGGAACUGAAAUUAACUCCUAAAUCUCUAAUCACCUCUUGUUUGGGGAUGGGUUCCCCUCCUAUUCUAUAGUCGUUCCAGAUUCCCCUUCUUUUACCAUACCGCACAUAGACGCUUUUAGAGCUAGAAAUAGAUAGUUGCCUUUCUAAAAGCCAGUAUCUUAUUGAGUUAAUAUCUGAUUGCAGCUUUUGCAACUCUUCAAUAACUGGAUUUUUUGCAUUAUUAGUGAAAGUUUUUUUUUAAUUCCUAUUUUUCUCGAAGGUGCUCUACAGUUCCCGUAGGAGCAUAAUCCCCGCUAGCGGCCAUUGUUUGUCUCGGUUUUUUUUUCGCUCUCGGCCCCUUAUGUUUUCGAGUCGAAGCCAUCCACCAAGUUUCUCUUUCGAGAUUUUUUUUUCCGAUUUUAGAAAUGGCCAAGCCGGUGAACGCGUUCAGUAGCGACGGAACAUUUCAAGUGGAUGCCAUAUGGGACUGCAACGCCCCCAAAUACCGAGUAGCUUGCCAGUCUGUUCAUGUUACCAAGGUAAGAGUCUUUUUCGAGUAUAAGGUUUUUUUUUUCAUAGUUCUUUUAAUAUUGUCAUUUUCUGCUUUGUUAGAAAGCAUUGAAUUAAAAAAUUUACUUCCGGCGUCAGAUAUGAUGUUUCUUGUGCAUACACUCCAGACGAAACUUGACAUUUUCCGAAAUUUUUUAAUUGAACAAAAAAUGAAUUUUAGAUGCUAGAAAAGUGGAACAGUUUUGAUUGCUCAUUUAUCUUUACUAUCAAAACGGGUACUUAAAAAACCAACUUUUUAUUGAAAUGAGAGGUGGUAAGAAAAUGAUUUUUUAGGCGGCCAAGUUCAUCGGCUACUCGCAAGUUUUCAUCAUCGCUCUCUUCGCGAUUUCCGUCGUCAGCUUGUAUUCUCAGCCCCAUCCUGUAAGUUAAACUCGAAUUAUCAGGGAUGAUCUUCUCAUUUUCACAGAAAGUCGAGGAGCUAGAAUACCGCGAUGAAGUCAACGUCUACCUCACUCCGCGCUACAUCUCCGGCCUUCUCACCGCCCUUUCUCUGCAGCUCUCGCUGGUCAGUUGAGCCUUCCAGUCGCUUUAUUUUCUUCCCCUUGAUUCGAAAAGAUUAAGAAAACAUACUACGCUGUUGAGACUCAAAAAUGUUCCGAUGGAACACAGACUUUUCUAGUGUAAAUAAAAUCAACUUUAGAACAGAAUUUGGAACUUUUUUUAUUCAAAGUUUUCGCAUUCAAAAAUAAAUCGGGAUACACCUUAGGAACUCCAGAGUGGUCCCUAUAUGGGUUAGAGAAAAAAACAGCCCCUAUAGGGGACAAAAAAAUGCUAGCCGAUAAUUGUUAUGAACUCUAAGCGAAGAAGCAUUUCCGUAGGAAAAACUGAAGAAACAAGCAUUUGUUCGGAUGAAAUUGAAAGACCCCUGUAGGGUUCACUUGAAGUUUAGGGGCUAAAGGGUCAGAACCUAAACCUUUAUGAGGACUACCUUAAUUUUACCACUAUAAGGACCACUUUUUCGGCCCUUAUAGGACCCCUCUACAAUUUCAAAAUAAUUGACAAAAAUUACAAGUUACAGGUUGUCCUGAUGUUGCACGGAGUGCGAACCGGCCGUCGCUCCUUCCUUCUUCCGUUCAUCGCUUUCGCCUCGGUUGCCCUUUUCUUGGCAAUUUUCCAGGUAUAUCUUACGAGUGUGUAUCUCAAAUAUGUUUUUGUAUGGCAGGUUUCGAUGGACGCACUCGCCUUGAUGAGCAACGACGGCUCGCGAGACAACCUCGCUCAGGUCGUCGCUCACUUCAUCGGCAUCUUUGUGCACGUCUGGUGCAUGGCCGUCAUUUGCAAGUGCUACUCGUUCUUCGGCGACAAACACGUUAGUUUGACCAUUUUUUACAAAACUUUUGUCACACUUAAGACGAAUUGUGCAGAUAGUUACUGCACUAAUUCCAAGUUGCUUAGGAACUCCUGAGUGGUCCCUAUAGGGGCAAUUUUAGGGUCCCUCUAGAGACUAUUUUACCAUCCCUUAUAGGGUCAUCGAGAGCUUGGAAGUGGUCCCUAUAUGGGUUUUAGUUAGUGGACCCUAUGGAGGACAUCGUAGUCGAUUGAGCUCUAUGCGAAACAUUUUCUUGUAAAACUAAAAAAAAACCUUUUUUGAAUAAAAUUAAACGACCCCUAUAGGGACCACUUUCGGCACCUAUAGGGGGUUUUUUCCCCUAACCCCUAUAGGGGCUACUUUGAAAUUCCUAAGUAUUUGAGCUUAUCAAACCUUGUCACCGCUCUGUGAUAUUUGAAGCGAGUUUGAAAAGAGAAGCGCCGUACUGGGAAGAAAACUUAGCGGCCCUUCUAGGGGGAGAAAUGUCAUCAGUCAGACGGGACCAUAGACUUCAUUUAUUCUCAGAGCGAUUUCCGAAAAGAAUGUUUUAACACGGCAAUAUUUCAGGUCGCCGAGUCGAUCGGUCAGCAGCUGCAGUCGACCUCGAUCGCCUUCGCCAUCGACUUCUCGCGUCCACCGCCCUACUCGCGCUUCUACGCUGAAAAGCAGCCUCUCAACUCAGCAUAG